GGUUUUCAAAAGCGAAUAAAUUUGAUUAAAUUCAAUACUACUUUAACUCCGGCAGACGGAAGUGACGUAAACGCGCGUCCCUCUCUUCCGCUCUCUUUUCGUUGAGGCUCAGCUAGCGGCCGGCCUGCAAACAUGCAGAUCUUCGUGAAGACGUUGACGGGGAAGACCAUCACCCUUGAGGUUGAGCCCAGCGACACUAUCGAAAAUGUCAAGGCAAAGAUCCAGGACAAGGAAGGAAUUCCUCCUGAUCAGCAGCGUCUGAUCUUCGCUGGAAAGCAGUUGGAGGAUGGACGCACGCUGUCCGACUACAAUAUCCAGAAAGAAUCCACUCUUCAUCUGGUUCUGCGUCUGCGUGGUGGCAUCAUCGAGCCUUCUCUCAGACAGCUGGCCCAGAAAUACAACUGCGACAAGAUGAUCUGCCGCAAGUGCUACGCUCGUCUGCACCCCCGUGCUGUCAACUGCCGCAAGAAGAAGUGUGGACACACCAACAACCUUCGCCCCAAGAAGAAGCUGAAGUAGACAUUUUACAGAAUCGGCUGUCUCUGCCAUGUUGUGUUAAAAUAAACGUCAGAAAACGA